AUGUCGCCUCCUGUUUUUCUCCUCCUUUGGAUCGUCACGUUUGUCGACAGUCAGAUACUGUCGGGGGGGAUCGGAGGACCCAAGCCUCUCAAUCCAAGUGAUCCUGAGAAUAUGGAAAGAGCGUGGAAAGCUGUGAAUGCUGUCAACGAAAAGGUCAACGACGGAGACCAAUUAAUGGUUCCAAUCAAGGUUGAGAAAGCUGAAGCAUAUGUUGUAGCUGGUAGGAAAUACAUCUUUGAAAUACUCUACGGGGAAUCUACAUGCAAGAAAGGACAAACAAGUACAAUCAAUUCUGCCAACUGCCCACUGAAACCAAACGGGCACCAAGCAUUGUACGAAGUCGUGCUGUGGGAGAAGCUAUGGGAGAAUUUCGAGCAGUACACUGUUAAGAAAAUCCGAGAUGUGCAUGCCUGA